AUGGGCGGGGCGCCUCCGGCCCCCUCCGCGCGGGCUUGGACGGGUGUCGGGCGGGUCGCUGUUGCCCACGUCGAGCACAGGCCGAUCGUGCCGGCCCCUCGCGCGACCUCGGGCAGGUGCCCGCCGGCCAAUGCGAGCGCAGGGCCGCGGCCGCGAGGCGGGACACCGCCGGCCCCCUACGGCGCGGAUCUGCGCCCCGCCGCCGCCGCAAGCUCACAAGCUCCAGUAGCCGCCGCCGCAGUCACAGCUUUCCCCAGCCGCUUCUUGUCCUCCUCCUUGCCGGCGCUGGUCCUGCCGCCUCCGCCCCUGCCCGAGGGGAAUCCGUUCGCCGCGCUCCUCUCCUCUGACCCUCCGCCGCCGCAGCCUCUUCGCCUGGUGCUCGCCACAGGCGACGUCCGCUCUGCGUUCCGCGGCCUCCCGGGCCUCGCGCGCCAGCUCAGCUCUUCCGGUGGCGGAGGCCACCCCGCGAGUCUUCCAGCGCACCGCCCACGAACGGAUAAGGGCGACAGGGAUAGAUGA